AUGUGGGAACAAGGCUCCUGCAGCCACACCCAGGGCGAUAGAGAUCCAUGGUGGAACGUGGACUUGGGCAUUCGUCAGUCUAUCUCCGCGGUGAUCGUGAAGAACAGGGAGGACUGCUGUGGGGAGAGAAUCAGAGGGGCCCAGAUCCAUGUGGGAGACUCCCUGGCCGACCAUGGCAAGCAGAACCCCAUCUGUGGGACCAUCACCGACACCAGACCGGGAUCCGUCAGCACCAUCUGCUGCAACGGGCUGGAGGGCCGCUACGUCACCAUCGUCAUCCCAGGCAGGGCGGAGUAUCUCACCCUGUGUGAGGUCGAGGUCCUCGCUCAGGGCUGCACCCCACCAGCAGGGGCUUGGAACUUGGCGCUGGGGCGCCCGGCCACUCAGUCCUCCAUAUAUGAAGAUGUGACUGGAAAAGGCGUGGCUGGAAAGGCCGUGGAUGGAAAACGCGAUGGGAAGUGGGAACAAGGCUCCUGCAGCCACACCCAGGGCGAUAGAGAUCCAUGGUGGAACGUGGACUUGGGCAGUCGUCAGUCUGUCUCCACGGUGAUCGUGAAGAACAGGGAGGACUGCUGUGGGGAGAGAAUCAGAGGGGCCCAGAUCCAUGUGGGAGACUCCCUGGCCGACCAUGGCAAGCACAACCCCAUGAUCCCUCAGCACCAAUCUGCUGUGAAUGGGCUGGAGGGCCGCUUCGUUACCGUCCCCAUCCCCGGGCAGGGUGGGUGUCUCACCCUAUGUGAGGUCGAGAUCUAUGGCACCCAGCUGGG